AGCUUGCUUUGCGAACAGUUAGUUCUGUUUCGUCCACGAAACUAGUGAUACGUAAGAAAAAGCUUUCUUCUAGAUUUUGAUUUGGUUGCAGCAUCAGUUGACAAAAUGCAAGAGCAAGACCAAUCUUACAAUCUGAAAACUCUGUUUAUGAUUUUGGAUUACGACUUUGAUUAUGCUUCACCAGAGGAAAGACGAAGAGAUUACAAGAGAUUUUUGCAGCGGAUUAGAUUAGGACAAGGCAAUGCUAGAUAUAAGCCAGAUUUGUCAUGUUGCCUUUUGAUAGAGCUCCUUUGCAAGUUUUGUGUAGAUUUUCCUACCUAUCGCGUUGUUGGGUUUUUGCGCAGAGAAUUUGUAGAGCUGGAGGAGAAAACCAAAUUGAUAUAUUACAUUUCCGGCAGACCUAGAGUGCUUGAAACUGUUUUGUUUCAUUGCCGUCGAAUGAAGUUUGAUUUGUGGGGCAUUUGGAAUAAUUCUGGAGAAUUAAGGUCCUGCUUCAAUAUCUUAAGUACUUGUGUACUUGUUGAAAAUGUCAGAAGUGUUGAAGUGUUGUUGAAGUAUGGAUUCCAGUUCUCUGCUACUGAAAGUACCUUUUAUUCACUGUGUGGAAGAUUCCUUCGACUGACAUAUUCUGGUGAGAGAGUUGCAUCAAGGAAUGUUGAGGAACAUCUUAUACAGAACCCUCGUCGAAGAAGACUUCAGCUGGCCCUUAUCUUAUUUUAUCUGUUUACUCGAUCAGCCCAACUGAAUCAUAAGAGUCGCAGGUGUCUCAGAUUGAUGUGGAGUGCCAUAGAAGAUCCUUUCUUUUCAGAUAGAGAACUGUAUGAUAUUCUGAGUCCUGUCAUGGAAGAGCACUUCCAGCAAAGAUUCAAGCAACUGUGCAACGAUUGCAGAGAUAGAGGGGAUCUAGAAAGUGAAGGCGGUCCGAGAGAUUUAAAGCAUCUUGCUAGAUGUGCUGUGAGAAAAAAUCUGGCGCAGAAUUUUAUGCUUCCUAUUGGAAUCAACGAGUUGCCCUUACCUAGAAUCCUCAAGAGAUAUCUUUUGCUAGACCUUUGAAUAAAAGAGAACUGACUGUUGUGCAAAUGCUAAUAUUGAAUAUACCCCCCUCCCCCCGAUUAAAAAUAAUUCGCAAAUGCUUUAUGAAAUGUUAUGUUUGCUUAAGCUACAAAAUCAAAUUCUACGUUAUGCUGCAGAGAUACACUCGCUUUAAUUGCUCAAAUUGAUCAAGAGGUGGUAGGAAGAUAUAUAUGUCUUUAAAAAAUUUGGGAUUUGUGUGUAAUAAAUAUUUUCCUAAGGAAAUUGCGUGCUUAUU